GUCCACGUUGCCAGAAAUGAAACCAACGAAGAAGAAGAAGAAGAAGAAGCGUUCCUCCUUCCUCCAGUAGUAAAGUGGAUACCUUCAGCUGUCUGAGCUCCUUGUGUUUAAUUCUUUAACGUUAACACAUCACAGGUGCAGAGUUGAUGCUGCCUUCACCUCCAUCCUUUCACCUCAGCCUCCGCCCACGUGCCGAGUGUGUGCAUGCAUGUGUGUCUAUGUGAGUGUGUUUGUGUGAGGCGGUGAGUGUGUGUCGCCCCGCCCCCUCAGCCCACCAUGUCCCUGUUUCCCUCGAUGGUCCAGCCGAGACCGCAGACGUGUCUCCGCCUCCUCUGCCUGCUCCUCCUCCUCCUCACCGGCUCCUCCGCCACAACCACUUCGAGGAAGGACCCCGAUCCGGGCAUCAUCCUGCCGCUGACAAACACGACACAAGGUGAAAAUGCUGAUGUCACUCCUUCAGAGACCGGCUCCUCUAAAGUGGCCAUGUUACCCCCACAGAAGAACUCCAGCAACCAAUCAGACGACUCUGUAGCAUCCCCAAUUCCACCCGACCAAUCAGAAGGAGGAAGGAAUUCAUCCACAAGCUCAUCAACCAACCAACAGCCAGGAUCCCCAGACCCUCCGCUUCCUCCUCCAGAGACUCAGUCAAAGAUUCCUCCAACCAGAGAGCGAGUCAGUGGACCAGUCACCAACACGGCAGCAGCGACAACAACAACAACAACAUCGUCAUCUCCAACUCCAACGAGCACAACAACAACAACAACAACAAACACAAAAACAACAAACACAACAACAACAAACACAACAACAACGCCAUCUCCACCUUCAUUGAACACAACAUUAUCUCCUCCUGCUACAAAAUCAGCAACAAUGAAAACAACAAUGAAAACAACAAAGACAACAACGUUACCAGAACCUUCAAUGACAAAAAUGACCUCCACAUCUUCACCAACAACAACAACAACAACAACAACAACAAAAACCAGCAAAACCAUAACCGCCUCUGCAGCAGCACCCCAUCCUAAAACAACGACGACUUUGGCAACAACCCCAAGUCCAGCUGACACGCCACAGCCAAACACCCCGAGCACUAGGACGCCAACCAGGAUGCCAACCAGGACGCCAACCAGGACGCCAACCAGGACGCCAACCAGGACGCCAACCAGGACGCCACCAAUCCAGACGACCUCUUCACCCACAGGACCGCCUACCAUCGCUCCAACCGGCCACCAUGAGCCGGUUUCCACGGGAACGCCGCGGGUUGCCGUAGUAGAAGUAGCCGGGUCUGCUCUGACCAGACAGCUAGUGGACACUGCGUCUCUCCUCGCCGUCCUGCUCUUCGGCCUGCUCUUCUUCCUGGUGACGGUGGCGGUGUUCGUCAGGCAGGCCUACGAGAGCUACAGGAGGAAGGACUACACGCAGGUGGACUACCUGAUCAACGGCAUGUACACCGACUCGGGGGUGUGAGGGAGGAAGCACAACGUGUGGAGAUUGUUUUGUUUUUUUUGUCCUCGUUUUCAGAGAACGAGGAGAGGAGGACUGCGUGGCGACACGGUGCUGAUCCUGUGCCUCUGAUUGGUCGAUUGAGUCCAUUCUUACUCCUUCCUGAACUCUCUAACAGCUGACUGAACUGAUCGUUUUCUAACUUCAUCACUUUGUUUUUCCAUCUCUUCCUUUGAAGGUUUGAGAGUUUAACUUGUUCUGUUUGUGCCAAAUCUUGAAACGUGGCUCGUAAAAAGAGGUCGCCUGGAUACAAAAGAGCGUUAACGAUGGUCCCACGGUGGUUAGACCAAUCAGGAGGCUUCAGUUCAGAUAGAACUUUGUUUAUAAAGACGGACGACUAGUAUCCACCUCCUCCCAUUUCACAAAAGUGAAGCCAAAAGUGAAUCCCUCCUGUGACGGGCACUGACAUAUUGGUCUGGUAAUGUAUUGAUGCCCCGCCCCCUUCCUCUAGCCCAAACUUACAUUAAACUUCCUGGUCAAAGGUCGCUCAGGGGGGUUCAGUCUACAGCAGAACAGAUUCUUGUGUCAGCUUGUGUUCCAGAGCACACAGCAACGCAGGAGCCUCAUUCGUCAACACAGCUGUCAAUCAUGACGUCAUACUUCUUUUAUAGCAUCGAUAAACUAAUUAAAACUAAACUAAAACUACAGAAACCAUGUUUGAAAAACAUUUAUUUGACGGGUAACUUGAUUUUAUAGUUUGAUCUUGUCCCGUCUGUUAGCUUGGAGGAGGCGGAGCUUAUGACCUAUAAUGCAAGCAGUCAAUAGGGGGAGCGCUAAAUGUUUUGGCUUCACUUUUUAGGGAGCUGUCAUGUCAUCCAUCUUCUUUUUUACGGUCUAUGAGGUAGAAAGCUCAGCCACCCAGUGUCACAUGAAUAAUUUCACACAGAAUUCAGCUCAUUAAGGAUGAGCACUGUCACUUUAAGAAAAAUCUAUUUGCUAAUUGGUUAAUUAGCAUACAGGCCAUGUAGAGCGUUAUCAUGACUGUUUAUCAGACGUUAGCGUAGCGUCAUGACAUCACUCAUUUCAUCUUGGACAAACGUUGUCUAAGGCUCACUUCCUUAGACAAAAUGAACAACAAGAACAGCCAUCUCCGCCCUGAGCUUCUUUUAGUACAACCAAACCGACAUUUGUCAAUCAGAGGUAGCCCCGCCCCCUAACUCAUUCUAGUCUCUAAUUGGACCACAAUUUAGUAGAUGCACAUUGAGCUGUGUUGAAGAAGACUUGAAACUACAGACUGAGACCAAAAACUGGUUAUGAAAAUGUUUACUGAGGUCCAAACAUUUCAUGAUAGACUUCUUUACUAUCAGCCGCCCCCUCCUGGCCGUAUGAAAGAAUGCAGUGCACUUUUUUGACAGCCCGCUGAAGGACCAAAGUUUAUUUGUUAAUUAGAUGUCGCACAUUUCGUGGAAUAAUUAUUUAACGGUUAGAAAAACGGUGAAAGAUACAAAAGCAGCUAAGACCCUUAAGGACAGCGAGGUGUUAUGAUUGAAACGCGCCACAGAGACGUAAACUGAGACGGUCAGGAUCGCACACACGAGGCAUUAAUUUAAUAUCAUGAUCAUUUAUCAAACUCAGCUGCAUUAAAUUAUACGUACAUGAUCUUAUUUAAAGGUCUCAUAUUUAAAAUCCUCUUCCCCAUGUUCCUCUAACAUGUGUCUCUAGUCCGUCUACAAACCCCUCAAUGAUGAGAAAAGUUCGUCCUCUACGUCUUCUCCCUGCUCCACUUUUCAGAAAAUGUGUGCUCAAACAGGCCGUUUGGAGAUGUUCCCUUCAUGACAUCACAAAGGGCAGUAGCCCCUCCCCCAGGUGGGUGACACUCCCACAGCUAGGUGUUUGUUCUGCCCUCUGAGUCUGCCUUCUCACCGUAAACAAUAGGACAUGGAGCGAGAAAGACCGAGACACCCAAGCCCUUCCAGAGAGGGGGCGUGGUCAGACACAGCUCAUUUACAUAUUUAAAGGUACAGACACAGAAACAGCCUGUUCUGAUCAGGGCUGAAAUAGAGGGGUUUAUAGACAUGAUCAAAUACAGGAUCAGAGUGGAUUUAGAACAAGAAACUUCACACACAUGUUGAAGAGGAGCUCUGAGACUUAUUUAAACUGAAGAGGAGGAGGAUAUGUCACCUUUAAAAGUUUCCCCACUGAAACAAAAAAAGAGAAAAUGUUUAAAAAACUGAUCCUAACAGAUAAAGAAGGGAGUAAGAAGAGUCUUACUGAUGUAUCAUCGGCCUUUUACAGAGAAAAGAAGAUUUAAUCUGAAACCAUUUCAUGCAGAAAACUACACGAGAGGUGAUUUCUGUGAAGGUGUAAUGACCUAGUUUGUCCAGCAGAGCACGCUCCGACGCCAUAGCCUGAAAUGACUUUGUUUGCUUAAUAGGCAGAUUUACAAGUUUGUGUGUGUGCACACUGCAACAACUCAAAUCUUAGCAAAUGUCUGAUUUCUAAUCAAAUAUCUCAUAAGACUUAUUUUAAUCCAGAGAAGCGUCUCAUUCCAAGACGUCACAGCGAAGAACCCUGAAGUCCUGAGUUGUUUGUUACAAGUAGAAAUAUCUGGACAUGAAGCGAGCUGAGGACUGACGUCUUGCUUUCAUGACUCUACAGUCACACUUUCUCAUGUUCUGCAUCGUCAAACCUAAUUCAUGCCUGACUUUCUGCUUUUCACAUCUUGAUAUAAGACGUGUAUUUAUCCUGUCAGGUGAACAUGGGUUAUAAAAAGUAUAAUGAGAUAUUAUUUGAUAGAAAGACGACGGUUUGAGUUUUCAGUCUCUGAAUAAAACAUCCACAUUGUUAGGCGGCGUUUACUUCAGGUGAAUAAUUCUCUAACCCGUGAACAGCUCGAUGUGAGGCCGCCUCUUUGAAAUCGAGGUGAAACUUGUUUAAUGUCAGACGGGCGUUUUAUGACAUCAUCACCCUGAUUCUGCAGCUUCAUCCACAGAGAGAAGUAACACCUCUGAUUCAGGACUCCGUUAGACCUCAUGUCAGCGAGUCCCAAAACGGGUUGUCAUGGUAACCGUAGUGACAUGUUACUGAGGGUGCUCGCUUGUGCACAUGUUUGUUUUUUUGUGUUGAAGAUGUCUCUUCAUUUCAGACAGAAACAAACGAUCCCUGAUGCGCUGCAGAUACAGAAAGAUGCUGCGGGCCCAGCGAGAUGUGUCGGCUGCUUUAAAUUAGAUAUUUCAUGUUUAAAAUCCCACUUCAAACCUUUACAGCAACAAUCUGUAACUUUCCACCUUCGGACAUAAUUUAAAAAUCCAUCUAACGGGCGAUCCGGAUUAGGUGAUCCUUAAAGGUCUGUAUCUGGAUCAGGGUUCAUCCAAACCAGUUUUUCUCUGAACAAUCAGGAUAAACGUGAGUUGAAGCUGGACUAGGCUACCAGAACCGGAUCAUUUUAUCUGGAUCAAACCUUUUGAACAAGCGGGCCCUGAUUUCAAGAUUUAAUCCAAUCCGAUUGCUUUAAUCCUGCUGGGUUACUUCUGCACAAACGUGCUGGAUUAGGUGAUCCUUAAAGGUCUGGAUCAGGGUCAUCCAAACCAGUUUUUCUUCCCAAUAAAUGGAUUACCAAAAUCUGGAUCUCCAAACCCCUCGGCAGAUGAAACUGUUUGAAUAGCUGAGUGCUGCUUUAAGUUACGAGAGCAGCAGGCGAGCUCACAGGAGGUCCAAUUAAAACAAGCGUUACAUUAAAGCGUAGCAGCCCGCAGCGUCUUCUCUUCCCUAAAUGUCUGAUUGUUUCUUUAAACUUUAAUAUCAGAGUCUGUAUCAUGAUGUGUUCCUGCUGCUUUUUGCACACAUGCAAUGAAUCAUGGGAAAUAGGGCCAUACUAGAUUUUUUAUUUUCUAUAUAUUCUACUUUUUGCACACGGUGAAUGUAUUUUUCAAAGCUCGGCUCAACUGGACUCCCGACCACGUUGUGUUUAAUGUUCAGUGUUCUUCAUUGUUUACAUCUUUAACACGAGUGUUGGUUGAUCAUCACUCCUGAGAUUUAUGUCUUCCAUUUCAUUUUAUAACUUACUCUUAAUAGAGCUAUGCCACAGAUUCUAAGAAUUAUUGGGUUUCUCGUCAUGAAAUAAAGUUGCAGCUAAUUUGUU